AUGAAUAUUAAUAAAUUCAAUUCUAACACAAAGAUAAAAAAAUAUGAACUUAAAAGUAAUUAUAACACAUUAAAGACAAACCUAGUUAAUAAUGACAAAAAUUGUCAUGAUUGUAUCCAUCCUCAUAAUAAUAUAAAUGCUAAACAUAUCGAUUUUUAUGUUUUUCCCAGUAAUGAUAAUGGUAAUAUAUUAAAAUCGUCUAAUGGUGUAUUAUGCACAAAUACCUUUCAUAAAAACGAUAAUUUAAAAAAUAAAACAAUUAUAAAUGAAUUUCAAAUUAAUGCACAUAAUUAUAAUAACAAUAAUAUAAACAAUGAAAAUGUGCCUAAUAAUAUGCCUUAUACACACUGUAUGAACAAUACUAUCGGAAUGAAUAAUUCAUACAACACAAUACAUAAUACAUUUAACAGAACAAGUAGUUUAUCAAACGUCCCUAAUAAAAAUGUUAACAAUAAUAAUUUAUCAAAUAGUGUAAAUGCUUUUGACAAUGUUAAUAAAAAUGAAUACGAUAUAUUUUAUAGAAAACAGGCAUUGGACAUUUUUAGUUGGUCAAAUGAUGUAUUACUCCAAAAAAAUUAUGUAAACAAGUCCAAUUUAUGCAACAAUUCACAAAGUAAUAAUAUAAAUCGUUCAGAAUAUAAGAAAUCAAUACAUAAAGAAAAUUUUUAUGAUUUAAAUAGAAUAUAUAAUAGUAACGAAGUUUCAACUUUCAAAAUUAAUGGGAAUAAUGAAAUACAUAUGAGACACUCUUAUAAACAUAAUAUAUAUGAAAAAAGCAUGAGUAAAGAAUAUUCCAAUAUGUCUUUGAAUAGUUAUAACAAUGUAAAUUGUAGUACAUUUUUACAUUUGAAGCAAGGCAAUAACAAAUCAUAUUAUGAUAUUGAUAUUGAAACGUUUAUUGGUGAAAAUUAUGAUAGUUAUGGAAAUUUUAAUUACAGUACAAGUAAUUUUAAUGCCAACUCAAAUUUAACAAUAUCAGAGUUUAGGGGAAAACAUGAAAAUAUUACACACAAUUGUGCUAAAAAUGGAAAUAUUGGAUAUACCGUUAUAAAAAAUAAUAAUAAUUUUAAACAAUACAAUAGUUUGGAAGAAAAGCAUAAUAUUUAUGAAUGUGAACAUGAAUGGAAACAAGUUUUAAGAUUAAAAAAUGCCCAAAAAAAUAAAAAAUGCUCAAAUAUUCCAAAAAGCGAAAAAAGCAAUAUAAUACCACAUACAAAAAUGGACAGCAAACAAUUAAAUUUAAGUAAUAUGAUAAAUUAUAUGAACAGUCAGAAAAAUAAUACACAAAAUAAAGAAAUAAUACAAAAAUGUAAUGACCAAGCAAUAAAUAAUAACAUUAAUUUUAUUUAUGACCAUCAAUACAAUAUUAAGAAUAAAAAUAUAAAUAUAAAUCCCGAAGUAAACAUACUUGAUUUCGACUAUUUUGAUAAUUUUCAUUAUUUUUUAAAUGAAAAAGCACCGAUUAAAUUGGACACAAAAUUAAUAAAUGAAAACGAUUUAAAAAGUGAAAAAAAUGGAAACAUAUCCAACUAUAAUAGCUAUAUUACUAUUUAUCAUAAUAAUAGUAGUAAUAAUAACAAUUGUGUGUGCAACAUUUGCCAUAAUGAAAAUGUUAUGAAAAAAUGUGUGCAGAAUUCUAACAAAAGUAAUAUGGAAAUUAGCAAACAAAUAUAUAAUUAUAAUGACCAUCAAAAUUGUAAAAACUAUAACGUAAUGCAUUUAAAUGAAUAUACAACACCAAAUGAUGAACAAAAUAUAAUUUUAAAUGAAAGUAUGAAUUACAAUAACAAUAAUUUAGCUUUAAAAAAAAAAUCCAUAAAUGAGCAAUAUGCUUAUAAUAAACGCGAUUUUUGUAUGAACAGUAAUAAUUUUAAGGACAUUUCAAAAAAAAUAUAUAUACCCCCCCCAAAAAAUACAGUUUGUUGCCAAAAAGACCUACAAAAUAAUAUAUUCACAAAAAAUUCAAUUUGCAAAAGUAAUGAUGCAUAUAAUAUUAAAAAUAGCAUAAGCAAAAAUAUUUAUUCUACAAAAAAUGUAUAUAAUGAUGAAAAAUAUGUAACUUCAAUGAAUAUAUUAAAAAAAACAGCGGUAUUUGAGAAAAGCCCAUCACAUAAUAUUGUUAAUAAUGAUUACAUGAAUAAAAAUGUAAAGGUUAUUUUUCAAAACUAUAAAACAACUGAAAAUAACUCAAAUAAUGAAAUUAUUAUGUAUGCUAAUGAAAAAUAUGUAAAGGAAAUUAAUUUCCCUUUACAAAAUAAAGGUGAUGUUGAAAUUACAAAAAAAAACAUCAACGAUAAUUUUAUAUCGUCGUUAGAAACACAUAACCAUUUAAAAAACGAUUUUAAUAAAAUAAAAUACAAUAUAGGGGAAUUUAGAAAUAGCAAUGAAGAAGAAUUAUCUUUCAAUAUUUCAAAAUAUUAUUUACAAAAUAAUUAUAAUAAAAUGACGUGUAAGCAACUUAAUUUAGUGCAAAGUGAAGUUAACAAUAUUGAAAAAGGUAGGCACGGUGAAAUGUACGAAUUAUUAGAAAUAUAUGAUAAAAACCCAAAUAUAAAUAUACCUAAAGAAAAUGAAAUGGAUGAGUUUUUAGAAAUAUAUAAUCAAAACAGAAAUAUGGUUAUGUCAAAAGAUAACGAAAUAGACGAAUUUUUAGAUAUAUAUGAUCAAACUAGAAAUAUGGAUACUUCAAAAGAAAAUAAAAUUGAUGAAUUUUUAGAAAUAUAUGAUAAAAAAAAUGGUUUAAAUAGAUAUACAGAAAGUAAAAUGAACGAAUUUCUAGAUAUUCGUGACACGGUUCGAAGUAUAGAGGAAGCUGAACAAAUCGAUAAAGCAAGAAAAAAUUUCGAAAAUCAUGAUAAGAUAAUUGAUACUCAUGAAACCCUAAGUGUAAAUAAUUUAUCAAGUACGUAUGAUCAUAUUAAAGAUAUAGAAGAAAAUAAAGACCAAUCAGCAUACAAAUAUAAAAAUAAUAUUGAAGAUUUAAACAAAAAUGAGUUAUUGGAAUAUUGGGGAAAUUAUCAUUACGAUGUUAUUAAAAAAGACACACCAAAACAUAAUAAUUCUUUUAUUUAUGCAUCUGGAAAAGAGGCUAAAAUAAAUAAAGACGUUGUAAAAGAAAUGAGAAGUAAGCUAUUUAGCGAUGACGAGCAUGAUAGUAAUAAGAAUGAAAACAAAGGAUUUAGCAGCUUUACAUAUGCAUCUGGAAAAGAGGCUAAAAUAAAUGAAGACGUUGUAAAAGAAAUGAGAAGUAAGCUAUUUAGCGACGACGAACAUGAUAGUAAUAAGAAUGCAAAUAAUGGGUUUAGUAGCUUUACUUACGCAUCUGGGAAGGAUGUUAAAAUAAAUAAAGAUAUUUUAAAAGAAAUGAGAAGUAAGUUAUUUAGCGACGACGAGCAUGAUAGUAAUAAAGGCGAAAACAAAACUACGAAUGAAAAUAAAACCAUGAAUGAAAAUAAAGGAUUUAGUAGCUUUACUUACGCAUCUGGAAAAGAGGCUAAAAUAAAUGAAGAUGUUGUAAAAGAAAUGAGAAGUAAGCUAUUUAGCGACGACGAACAGACUAGUAAUAAGAAUGAACAUAAAGGAUUUGGCAGUUUUACUUAUGCAUCUGGAAAAGAAGCUAAAAUAAAUGAAGAUGUUGUAAAAGAAAUGAGAAGUAAGCUAUUUAGUGACGACGAACAGGCUAGUAAUAAGAAUGAAAAUAAUGGGUUUAGUAGCUUUACGUAUGCAUCUGGAAAAGAAGCUAAAAUAAAUGAAGACGUUGUAAAAGAAAUGAGAAGUAAGCUAUUUAGCGACGACGAACAUGAUAGUAAUAAGAAUGCAAACAAAGGAUUUAGCAGCUUUACUUACGCAUCUGGAAAAGAGGCUAAAAUAAAUGAAGACGUUGUAAAAGAAAUGAGAAGUAAGCUAUUCAAUGAUGAUGAAUAUAAUAAUUAUCCAGACGAAAUGAAAAAUGAAAAAAAUAGCUAUUUUGAAAACGAGGGCGCUGAUAUAAAAAAGCAAAACACGUUAUUAGAAGGUAGAUCAUCAUCAGGAAAUAGUUUAGAAAUUGAAUCAUAUGCAAAAGGAAAAGAAGGGUUAAAAGAAGUAAAACAAAACAAAUCAACUAAUAAUAAAAAAGGAAUACGUGUAAAAAGGAUGAAAGUAAAAAGUGAAGAAAAUUUAUCUUGUGGUGAAUCAUAUUCGCCUCAAAAAAAAAAAAAAAAAAUUAAAAGUAAUAAUAAUAGAACGAAUGGAGAUUUAGAAUCAAAUAAAAAUAGUAAUGAUGAAAUGUUUGUGGAAAUAACACCAUACAAAUCCGAAGGGUUUGAUGAAAUUAUGGAAAAAGAGAAAGGUACAAAUUAUAUAUGUUCAAGUUAUUAUGAUAUGGUCCAAAUUAAAGAUACACCGAAAAAAAUGAGUUCCAAUUUAAAAAGUAAAAAUAAUUUUAUUAAUCCAAGAAAGCAAAACGUAAAUAAUGAAAUUGAAGAAAAACAGACACUACAUAAUAUUAGUAGUAAUAAUAAAGAAAAUUCAAAACUUGAUUUAAACAUAAAUUUGAAAGAUAGUUUGGGAUUAAUAAAAAAGACACUAACUAAUUUAUCAGAAAAAAAGAGAUUAAAAGAUACUAACUUUUUUACAAAUUUUCUUAUAUUUAUAAAUGAAGAGAAUAAAAAAAAACCUUAUGAAUUUAAUUGGUUUAAUAAUGAUUACAUAUAUUUUCUAAAAAAUGCAAAUCAAAAAGAAUAUUAUGUAUCUAAUAUUAAUGUAAUGUAUGAAUUGUUCAUAUUAGUAACAAAAGAGUUGAACAUAUUUUAUAUAUAUGAUUUUCCGUGGUUUUUAAAAAAAUAUAAUUUAAUAACCAUGUCAUUAGUUCGUAAAUAUAAAAAGGAGUUAAAAGAAAAAUAUAAAUGUUUAAAAUAUAUGAUGACUAUGUUUAAAAGUCCUAGAAGUGAUUUUAAUAAAUUUGUAGAUAAUAAAGAAUAUUUGAAUCCACCUGUCCGUGAUUCUUUUAAUGAUCGAAAUGGAAUUUUAGAAAACGAGGCAGAAAAUGUAAAUAGUAUAAUUAUAAAAACUGAAAGAGAAAAAAGUUCAAUAUAUAAUAAAUUCGAAAAAGAAAACGACAACCAUCUAUUAGAUAAAAUACGUAAUAAUUAUGCCCAUAUAUCAAACUUCAAUUUAAUGGAUAACGUUAAUUAUUAUGGUAACAAUGCUUAUUAUACAACUCUGUAUAAAAAGCAAGCAAAUAUUUUCAAAAAUAACGCAUCUUAUAAUAAUAAUUUUUUUGAAGAAUACAAUAUUAAUAAGUCAUAUAUGUAUGAAAAUUAUACGAAUAAAUGCGGUAAUAAUAUUGGUUGUAUAAUUCCUUACAAUUCCUUAAAUUUGGAUAUAACCAUGAUAAAUUGUAUAGACCAAGUACCGCCACCUUCACCCAUUGAAUUUAUAUAUAAAUUAUUGAAAAAGUACAUAGAAGAACAGAAAAAUAAAAAGAGUGUUUUACAACUAAUACAAGAAAACACAAUUUCAUAUAAAGUGCCAAUAAAUUUACGAGUUGAAAAAAUUAUUAAAAAAGAAGAAAAGUACAUAGUAAUUUUAAGUGAUAAUUUUGAUUAUAUUUAUUGUAUAAUAAAGGAUACAUAUUUAGUGGAGCUAUUAAUAUGUGGUAAAAUUAAAGAGGGUUAUACUUUAAAAAUUAAUUCUUUAGAUGUAUAUAAUGAUAAUAAUGUUAUUCCCCAUGAAGAAAACCCUAAUAGUUAUUUGAGGGGAAUAAACUUUAGUUUAUCAAGUAAUAAUUUAAUAUGUAUAGACAAGGAAAAUAAAUUGAAAAUUGGAUUAUCAAAAUAUAAAUCUAAAAGAAUACGAAGUAUUAAAGAUUUUGAAAAUGGGUGUUUUUUUAUAGAUGUAGUAAUUAUAAGUAAAAGUGAUUUUUCAUAUGGAUUUUAUGACCAAACAAAAAAACAAUACUAUAUUUUAAAUAGUGAAAUUUAUGAAAAAACUGUAUAUGAUUUAAAAAAUGAAAUGACAAAACUUAUGCAUGAUGAAAAUUAUCAUGAAAAUAGUAAAUAUAUCAAAUUAAAAAAUGAUUUAUAUAUGUUUCUCGAGGCAAUAACUUUAUGUACAAUUCAGGCUAUUGAUUUUGCUUCUUCAGAAAAAAUAAAAGAAACAGAUUUGUUGGAUGAUAAAUUGGAGAAAAUCAUAAAUUCCUUAUGUCAAAUUAAGCUGAUUAAAAUUGAUAAAGAAACAUAUGAAAAUAUGAGAAAAGGAAGUAGAGUUCAACUUUUUAACACUUACAUUCAAAAAUCUAAUAGAAACAAUAAAUUCGUGGCAUCAUUAGAAGAUCACAUUUUAGACGAUUUAAUAUAUUCUUCAGCUCAAAAAAAAGGAGGUUAUAAUAACAUAAAAUGGAUAGGAAAUUAUGAUUUAUUUAAAUCUCAUUUUUUAAAAGAAAAUAUUGAUAAGAGUAAUACUCAUUAUUGCAAUGAUUAUGAUAAUUAUUUAAAACUUUUCAAAAGCUAUGAUUUAAAAAAUAAAUCUUAUACACCUAUUGUAUUUCAAGCUACAAAUUCAACAUAUAUAAAUGUGGAUACAAAAGAUAAAAGUCGAUUGAUUGAUGAGCUUCACAAUAUAUUAACUAUAAAUAAUAAAGAAAAUAUUGAUAGCAAUAAAAUAACUAAGUUAGACAAUGAAGAAAAAAUCGCAUGUGAAUCAAAAAAGUUAAACAAAAUAUACCCAUCUUUUAUUUAUACAAACAUAUUUAAAAUUCCAAUAUUGUCAAAAAUACAUAUGAAUGUUCUUAAAAUGUAUAUAAAUCUAAACGAAAAUUAUAAAAAUGUAUAUUUUGAUUUGAUUCCUGGAAAUUUAUAUAAUGUAUCUGGGAUGAUUAUUCAUUACACUGAUAUAGAAAUUAAGGAAUUGAUAGAUUACAAAUGUCCUGAAUAUAAAAAAAAUAUGAUGUGGUAUAAAAUAUUUUUAUUAACAUCAAAUGGAUAUUUAUGCUGCAUAAAUAUUUCAAUGUUGGCUCCAAAUUUUAUAAUUUCGUCAUACAAAAAAGAUUUUGAAUGUAAAGAAAGAGAGAUAAUAAAAAGAAUGAUUCAUGUUGAAGAUUGUAUGAGAAUAAAAGAAAAUAAAAACAAUCAAGUUCAAAAUUGUGAUAAUGAAGACAAUCAUGUUAGUAUCAGUGAAAAUAUUAAUAUAAACAAAAAUAAUAAUUAUAAUGAUAAAUAUAAUAAUUUAUUUAAUUAUUUAUAUAAAUGUGAACGAACAAAUACAAACGAAAGUAUACAAAAGGAAAGUACAUUUUUAAAUGAUUUAGACAUUUUUAUAUAUUUUAACGAUCUGGAAUUUAUAAAUUAUGAUCAAAAGCAUGACAUAUUUAAUUUUCGAUCCUAUUAUCAUCCAAAUUUUAAAUCUAUAAGAACAUACCCAAAGGAAUUUGACCAUAUCAAAUGGAGUAUUACACGAUUGGUUGAUGAAAAUUAUAUUACGUAUGAAAAAAAUAAACUUGUAUUAAAAUUAAGAGACGAUUUCCAAAUAAAAAUAGAUAAAGAAAAUGUUCAAUAUAUAUAUUUUUGGUGCUCUCUAAUUUAUUCAAAAUGUAAAUCUAUUGAAUUAACUGGAGACUCUUCUAAAAAUAGCAUUUUAUCGAAAUUUUUAAAAAAUAUGUGCAACUUAUAUGCCAAAUGA